CUUUCAGACACUACAUUGAACCGUUUACAACCUUCACUUCGAACCUACACUGUUCCUUUCCACUUGGAUCAUUCAAACAUGUCACGUCGAGCGGCGGGGCCAGACAAGGCCGAACAGAAUCGAGCGACACUGAAGCAGUUGGUGAAGCUAGAGACCAACAAGAGCUGCGCCGACUGCAAACGCAACAAACAUCCACGAUGGGCGAGCUGGAACCUUGGAGUCUUUGUGUGCAUUCGGUGCUCGGGCAUUCACCGCGGCAUGGGGACGCACAUCUCCAAGGUGAAGUCGGUGGAUUUGGAUUCUUGGACGGAUGAACAGAUGGCAAGUAUGCUGAAGUGGGGCAACGGAAGAGCGAACAAAUACUGGGAGCACAAGUUGGCAGAGGGACAUGUGCCUAAUGAGGCGAAGAUUGAGAACUUCAUCCGGACAAAGUAUGAUAGCAAGCGGUGGGUUAUGGAUGGACCCAUGCCCGAUCCGAGCACGUUGGACGAUGGCGGCGCAGACGACGAUGUGCCGUUGAACGUAGUCCAGCAGCAAGUGAGGGAGCGGGAGCGCAGUGCAAGUUUGAGGAAUGGUCAAGCUACAGGAGCUAUGCCAGGCCCGCCGCGAGCACAGCAACCACAGAUGGAUCUGUUCGGGGACAUGUCAGAGCCAGCAGCACAGCCUGCAAGACCAAGUACCACCGAGCCUUCUCUCAGCAGACCUGCUCCUCCUAAAUCUUCUGUGGCACCGCCCAAACCGACCAGACCUGGCGAGAGCUUACUAGGAAUGGACUUUUUUGGCGGGGCACAAUCAGCUCCUCCAGCUAGGCCUUCGAGCACUGGGCCGAACGCUGCCGCUUCGUCUUCUGGAAGGUCAGAUCUGAAGCAGUCUAUCUUGUCUUUAUAUGCGUCGAAGCCGAUUGCCCAGCCAGCACAGCCCGCGGCCAACGCCUUUUCGGGAAUGUCGUCACCUCUAGCAAGCCCCACGGUGCAGCAAUCGAACACCCAGGCACUCGGUGGUCUUGGCGAUGCAUUCGGCUCCCUAUCAUUCUCCAGCCCGCCCGUACAGCCCAAGGCCGCUCCCUUCUCAAAUUUCUCGGCACCAUCCGGCCACUCCAGGCAGGCAUCAGCAUCAGGGCAGCAACCAAAAGCAUCAAUACUCAGUGGCGGGAGCUUCUUCGAUGCCAAGCCAGCUGCGCCUCCGAAGCAAACAUCACCUCUCACCUCACCCCCAGUUCAAACUAGGCAGACGCGCGACAGUUUCGGGGCCGACUUUGGCGACUUCUCUUCUGCAUCGCCUGUAACGUCAUCAGCGACUAAGACUUCAGCGCCUCCAGCUGCAAGUAGCAUGGGUGACCUCUUCGAUAUGGACUCUCCACCCGCACCGCCGUCAAAGACGGCGAAUAAACCACCGCUGAUACAAGCGGCUAACUUCGCGGCAUUCAACCUCUCGCAACAGCAACAACCACCUCCACCAGCUCCCAAGGCAGCUCCAACGUCUUCCACGUCCAACUUUGCAAGCACGAAUGUGUGGGAUUCCAAUGAUGCGUGGGCAUCUCCUGACCCGGAACCUGCUCGUCAGACUACUGCAGCGCCGCCAGUCACAAAGGCGCCGUCACCUGUUGCGUCAUUCAAGCCUACUCCGUCCGUGAGUACCAGCGCGUUUGAUUCUGGCUGGGGCGAUGCUCCCACGAACACGUCUACAAGCGCCAGUGGGUUUUCUGUGCAGCAAGACGAGGAAUUUGGAGGAUGGUCGCAUGCUAGUCCAGUGGCUACGACACCAGGACCGGCGAAGAGUGGCGGUGGGGGCGCCACUAAUUCCGACGAUUUAUUUGGGAACGUUUGGGGAUAGUGCAAAUUGGUGCUGGGAAAGUCAUCCGCAUGUCGUAGAUAUGGUUCAUACCUUGCAAUUUGUCUACAAGGAGUAUACUGUCUCUAGGAGACACCUGGAAAGUACCUAGUUUGUUGAAUGAACGAAUAUGAUACAACACACACAUACACAACUUUGGAGUGCGUGACUGCUCUUUCACUUGUGCACUCUUUUUCUUUCCUACCAGAUGAACAGCAGUCCCAUACUCUUAGAAACACGUCCCUCUCCAUGCAGCCCAAACGCCAUCGCUAACCCUCAAAUGCUCAUCCUCCCCCAUCUUCUUCCAUCUUCUUCCCUCCCCUCCAGAUCCCCCCCCCCUCUUUCUUAAAAAAUCCACCGCAAAAUCCAAUACCCCAAAACCACCACUCCAAUCAAAAUUCCCGCCAAUUUGAUCACAGCGACUUUAUUCCCACUCUGCGCCAUCGUCACCAAUCUCCGACUCGAGCCUGUUAGGGAACUUGUCAUGCUGGAAAAUGUCUCCGAGGUCGAGUCGAUGACGUGUUGAUCUCGUGCGUUGUCGUAUAUGUCUAUUGUUACGCUGCGGAGCGCUGAGACUUUUUGGGAGAGGGAGGUUAGGGAGUCGUUGUUUUGGCGUUCGCGUUCGUAGGCUUCGGACAUGGUGGGUGGUGGGGAAAGGUGAGAGUGGAGGAGGUGGGAGUUGAGGUUGCGUCGGGAUGGUAUUGAUGUUGAUGUUGUUGUGGUUGUGGUUGUCGUGGUCUCGCAUUCACAAGCG